UGAAGAAGAACCGGAGCUUUUAUUUUGAAAUAGUCCUCCCCUCUUCUGCGUCUGGUAAUUAUGGCUGACUUAACUGGUAUAGCAACAAAAGGUGGUCCAGGGAGGGAGGAAUCGCUUUCAGUGUCAGGAGGAGCGUCUCCACACACCACGCUUCCACUCUGAAGAAGUCGGACCGGCCCACUGGGCGCUUUUAUCUGGAUAGUUUGUGUCUCUUUCCACAGUUUGUUAUGGAGCUUUUACCGGAGGACAAUCUCAAGUCCAACCUGCUCCUGCUGCUGUUGCUGCACCUCUUUGUCGGGAGUUUUGCAGCUGACUGCCCCAAACCGGAAGUUGGAGAAAAUAUGGUUCUCAGUGAGGCAGCCCUCCUAAAAAAUGAUUUCCCAGAGGGUUCUAAGGUCUUGUUAGAGUGUGCCAUAGGAUAUGAAAAAGCAAGCGGCUCUGGGACCAUAGACUGCGUUGAUAACAAGUGGACUGAGCCAGAUCUCAACUGCAAGAAGAUGGACUGUGGUCAGCCCAAACCACAGCCACACAUGUCCUUUAAUACCAGUGGUGGUACUCUAUUUGGAUCAAGAAUCAAAGUAAUCUGUGAAGAAGGUUAUUGGAUUUUAGGACCCAGCUUCAAACAUUGUUAUGCAACUGGGUGGUUUGAAAAAGCAAUGUGUAAAAUUUUUACCUGUCCCAAGCCUGCCGAAGUGAAAAAUGGGAAAAAUUCUUGGAUUGCUGACACAGAACCAGAAUAUGGACAAGUGAUAAAUUUCACAUGUAACGAGGGAUACGUGCUGUCUGGGAGUAAAAGCAUUACGUGUGGCAAGACCAAAUAUGAUUCUCCGCCCCCACAAUGCAUUGAAAGAACCACUGCUUCUCCCAGCGCCACAACUGUCGUAGCGCGGAUAUUCACGAGCAUCUCAACACCACAACAAGGUGACAGCUUUAUAACAUUUGAGAAAAAAGCUCCCAGAACCAGUGAACCGUCAUCUACAACCACGUCAUUAAAAGGUAUCUAAAGUCUGUAAAUUUUGUUUUCACCUAAAUUUUCUCAUUGCGGCGAGGUUGUUGUUAUUCUCUGAAAAAACUCUUUCACUAAGAUUAAACAUUAAUGUAUUUUUUUUAAUUGGUCAUAAUGGUAUGGAUUUUCUGUGUUCCACAUCAGUAAAUGAUUAACAGAUUUCUGAUACAAUGUAGAAGUAAAAAUUUUCUCUGUGUACACCGCAGUUGGUGACAAAUCAGACUGGUCAAAUAAAGUUUUAUUGUCAAGUAAUUUUAUUGUUUAUUUCCUCCCUUCGAUGUGUAAUCUCUAAUAAGUCUAACCUAAAAUUUCCUCCUAAAAGAAUCACGUAUUUGUUUUAAUUUUUCGUAUAGUUGUGCUGUCCAUUAGAUGGACUUAUUGUUAGAAUUUUUGGGGUUUUAUGUUAUUGUCGUUUUUUCACUCUGACUUUGUGUCAGUUCUUUCCUCUGCCUAUCCAUAA